UAAAUAUUUUACGAUCACUCCCUUCUGUGUGCGCUAAAUGCAAAAUGGCGGAUGCUGAAAUUGCUUCACUUGAACUGCCUAAAGUUAAAGCAGAUUUGAUUGUUGCACAGAGGGAGUGCUAUGCAAGGAGACUUACACACGCAGCAAAAUGGGCAGCUGAAAUGUCUAAGGCCCUUGAGGUCAAAGUGGAUCCCAGAGGUCUUCAAGAGCCAGAGCAAGCAGAGGAUUUCUGGGAUGAAUAUGAUGCUUAUGUUUUGGCAAUGAGCUACUUUGACCUGAAGGAGUAUGAUCGAGCUGUUCACUGCUUACGAGAUUGUCAAAGUCCUAAGCCUUACUUUCUGAGGCUGUAUUCUCUCUACAUGUCUGAUCAGAAAAGAAAAGCUGACAAUGUGAGAGAUUCAAAUGCCCAGCUUGAACCAUUUGAGAAUGAGGUUCUGAAAAUUCUCCAGACUGAACUUGCCGAAAAAUAUGUGAAAAAGAAACUUGAUGGAUAUGGACUGUAUCUGUAUGGUGUUGUUCUGGCAAAACUGGAUAUUCAUACAUUGGCAAUGAAUAUUUUUGUGGAGUCGAUCUCUAUGGAACCUCUGAACUGGGCAGCAUGGAUGGAACUAGCUAGGCUGAUAUCAGACAAGGAAAUGUUGAUGUCCCUAAAGUUGCCUCAACACUGGAUCAAACUUCUGUUCAUGGCCAAAGUGUACAUGGAGCUCCAGCUUCACGAUGAAGCUUUGCUCAUCUACAAGGCUUUCAUGGACAAAGGUUUCUCUCAGAGUGCUUACAUAGUGGCGCAAGGAGCUGUGACCUACCAUGACAUGCGAGAGGUUGAUCAGGCUGUUCUCAUGUUCAAAUUGCUUGAGGGAAUGGACCCUUACAGAAUGGAAAAUAUGGAUAUCUAUUCCAAUCUUCUCUAUGUUAAGGAGAAAAAGAGUGAUCUGGCUCAUCUUGCUCACAGAUGCUGCACUAUAAACAAGUACUGUGUUGAAACAUGCUGUGUUAUAGGAAAUUAUUACUCACUGCGGUCUCAGCAUGAAAAGUCAAUCUUGUACUUUCAAAGAGCUUUGAAGCUGAAUGCCAAUUAUAUAUCUGCAUGGACUUUGAUGGGUCAUGAGUACAUGGCUAUGAAAAACACUUCAGCAGCAAUACAAGCUUACAGGAGGUCGAUAGAGGUUGACAAACGAGAUUACAGAGCUUGGUACGGCUUGGGACAGACAUAUGAGAUCUUGAAAAUGCCAUCAUAUUCUCUGUAUUACUACAGGAAAGCUCAGGCUCUCAAACCGAAUGAUUCAAGGAUGGUCGUUGCUUUGGGAGAAUGCUAUCAGAAAGUGGAAAGGCUUCAAGAGGCCAAAAAGUGCUUCUGGAAAGCACAUUGUUUGGGAGAUGCUCAAGCAAUUGCCUUGGUAAAAUUGGCAAACUUGUAUGAAAUGCUGAAUGAAAAGGAGCAAGCAUUUCAAGCCUUCACAGAAUAUAUAAACCAGGCUGAUCGGUUACUGAUUCAUAACCAUGAAGAUCUAAGCCAAGCCUACAAGUACCUGGCCAGUUACCACAUAGCACACAAGAACUGGGAUGAAGCCUACGCUGCAGCCCAGAAAUGUACAGAGUUCACCGAGACCAGGGAAGAAGCAAAGUCCAUGCUGCGCAACAUUCAGACUCAGCGGGGCCAGGAGGAGGCAGGUCCAUCGGUGAGCAUGCACAUCGAUGACAGCAUGGACAGCAUAGCCCAGGUGGACCAGCUGACAGGAGGCGCUGCGCGCACAUUUGGCCGCGUCACACCAGUUAACCUCAAGUUUACCCCUUGAGAUCUGUAAAAACAUUUUCUCACUCACUCUCUCUCUGUCUCCUCCUCUCCCCUCCACCCCCACCCCCUCUCUCUC